AUCGCGCAUCCUAAUUUUCGAGAUAAAUCACUCGCUCACUCACCAUUAUCCGGGAACGGUGGACCUUCUCGGAGCCCCCGAGCUUCACGGACGCCACUUGUUCGAUGGGUCAUACACAGCACCGGUGUCGCGAUGCGAUUACUUUUCAGCUAUGCGCAUCGGAGGCACGGCUUGAAGCCUUGGGGAUCGAGAUGGAUUACUCUGCUUAGGGUGAUAUGGCAAGCCAGUGUACGGUAGCCUAGUCAAGCCCUGAGGAUAUACCUGCAAGGAGUCAUUGUGGCGGUAUGUCGGAAGCUACGACUUCUGAGUUAAGCUGACGAUAAAUAGACUCCCCCAAGGUUAUACCAGUACUUUGAUCUCGAGGUGUGAGUAGCUGAGGCGGGGGCUUCACCAUCAUCGCACAUAACCGAUUUCUGAAAGGUCAUCAGUGCAUGAGUCUCUCCCGGGGUUUCUUUUUUCCGACCACCCAUUUCUCAGAGACCAAUUUCGCUCUUAUAGACAGAAGGGCGAAAAUGCACUUUGAGAAACCCAAGCACUCACGACUCCCCCGAAAUGGAUAACCAGCUCUGGCUCUAGGUGAGCCAAUAAGGGGCUCCAGGGGGAUGUAAGAAGAAAAGCUUACCAUGCGCUUGAAUAGGUAUUGUGUGGCAUGGGCUAGUUGCUGAUCCGCCAUUCAAGGCAAGGAUUAAUGCCAAGCCGCUGUUACUUUCCUCCGUCUGCGUCACGGAGGCCUCUUAGAUACGAACCGAGAUCUCCAGUGGUAACCUUUUGCUGGGUUCUCACUAGAAAUCACUCUAAGCUUUUUUAUUAAAAGUUUUUUGUCCCAAUAUCCCACACCAGUGCCCCAAGAUGGCCGAGAAGCAGUUUAGAGCUAUGGGCCCCCGGGAACUGAUGUCCUUUUUGAAUAGUGCUCCGGAGAAUCACUCUGUCGAAACGCGCUCAGGCGAGAAUUCUGGGGAGAGCCAAUAUGAGGUCUGUAUACUUAAGAUUUUGCUGAAGGUCUUUACCAGAUGGGGUACUAAGUUGGCAAGUUUCUGUUUUAUUAGGAAAAUUCCUCGACGCGCAAAGAGAAGGCUCCGGAAUUGUCUAUGAUUAAGGCUCAGAAGAAAGGGACUAUGCAAAUAGCUCACUUGCCACUGGCAAUGGUAGAGACAUAUGAUGUACGUGCUAGCGUUAUUUCUAGAAUGCCUCAAGAAAAAACGCCCUGCUGAAGUACUAUAGAAUCUCCUGAGAUCACUCAUAACGCUAUUUCCGCCCCCCGAAGGCACGGAACGGGACAUAGCCAUGUCAACGUUCGAAGGGGAUUUGAUAUCCUCGCCGGAGGAGUAUAUGGCUGUACUAAAGCCGAGCUUGCACAUCGUAUUCCAUUACCCACCUACAGUGGAGGAGUUAUCAACGAACUUUGGCGCCCUUUGGGCAACUCCUCCGCCAAAAACGUUAGCCACACGGAAUCCUGGUGACCCAACGCCGAUGGAGAGCGAUGUUAUAGAUACAUAUCUAAACUUUGAAUCUCCAACGCUCACCCCCCCAGCAAACUUGAAAAAGUACGAGUUGCAGCCACCAGAAAUACACUUCCACGUACCAACCCCAACGUCAAUUAGCAUUACCCUACUCAACUCGUCCUUCCCGGUAUCAUGCUUUUACUCGCCCUACCCGGCCAAAGACCCAGAAGACGUACCCCUCGCAGGCCCCUCCACCCCAAAAGCCUUCAGGUACACCCCCGACAAGUCAAUGGAACCGGCCGCAGCGCCAGAGCUCACUCCGACAGGCGAGAGCGCAUAUGCCCCGCUCCCACCCUGGAGUCCCUUCUCUCUGUACAAAGAGCCCAGCAGCAGCAGCAGUGGCGAGACGGACGCCCCAACUCAGCACGUCUGGGAGCGUCGUCCCGAUGGCAGGUACAAAGUCUUCUCAGGCGGCACCUUUGCGACGACCUCCUUCGACGUGUUCGCCCAGACGAAGCGACAGCGUGUGGCCUGCUCGCUCAGCCGGGAAGUCGAGGUCUCGCCCGACGGAACGAUCAAGGACUUGGUGUCGGAGGAGGAGAUUCAGACGCUCAGUUGGCAUUCGACGGACGAUCCUGGAACAAUGCAGAGGAAGAAGACGAGCGAGAAGAAGGUUUAUGUCAAUUACGCGGAGCCGUUUGGUGGUGGGAGUAGCAGGCGGGAUGAAGGGAAGGAGGAGGGGAGGGAGAUUGAGAGGGAUGGGUGGUGGAUGAUCGCACCUAGGCGGUUCCCACUUUCGUUUUCCGGGAAGCAGGAAGGGAGGAGGACAUUUAUCGUUGGGUCUGUGGAGGAAGGGGUGGAACUCUUGCAGGCUUUUAUGACGAGGUGUGGAGUUGGGGAGGACAUUAUCAGGGUAUCAUAUACAUCCCUCCCUUGCUUCUCUACAUAUCACUCGGCCCACAAUUCACUAACCAAGCCAGUGCUACACAACCCACUGGGCUCCCAAACUUAUUCUUAACCCCCUCUCCCGCCACACCCCCUCAACAUUAGUAAACCACACGCCCUCCAUGAAUCUCUACAUGUGCCUAAUCCACCCGAAAUCCCUUCUAAUCAAAUUCCUCUAUCCCCCCGAACUCCGCGCCCUCCUACCGCUAAGUGUAACGCCCGAACCUCACCGCACGGUCCGCAUAUUCCCCAUCUUCCGCGCCGUCGAUGCGGAGGAGAUGGAGGCGGAGGACAUCGUCCCGAGCGCCGACUUCGAGACCGAGGUCGAGAAGGUCCUCGGUGGGAUGGGGUCCUGCGGCGGGGGGUGGAAUUGCGGCCAUCGGGGGUUUAAAGUUGCGGAGGUGGGGGGCGUUAGGAUUUUCGGACCGCCGGAUGGUACAGGGGAGGGAGAGGAGGAGGAGGAAGGGACGGUGAUUGGGGUUGGUCCGCCAGGCGCUGACGGCAAUGGUGGGUGGGGGGAUAUCGCGGACAUUGAUGCGCUCGUGGUCGGGGAUGAAGGGAUGAAGGGGAUUAGGAGGGAGGGGUAUAGUAGCGGGGAGGAUACAAUUUAG